AGAUGGCUUUUUGUCUUUGGUAGAAUUCACGAGCUGUGUCGAGGUAAUCUUACACAGCGUGACUCUUGUCAACUCAGGCGUACCUUAUCGCGACUAUUUAGGAGAGUAAAUAUGUCCGCCAUACACGGGUAACAUUAUCAAGUGAAAGGGGGUGAACUGUUCUCUGUGAAUAAGCUUUGACAAAUGCAGCUUUUAUGCGCCGUGUCGAUCAACGACAAGCAAAGCUGCACUGCAGGGUGGCUGACGGGGCGUCCUUAACAACCGCCUAGGCGUCACGUGACAACGCUCCCGGUUGCUGUUUCAAGUCAUGUGACUAACAGCGCAGUCAAUCAGAAACGCUGAUCCGGGGUCACGGACUAACGAAACAUGGCGACGCUCGUCGAAGGGCCUUUCGGGCAGACGACAGAUUUCAACAUGGGCCUUAACGGCAAAUAUGAGACUCGGCUUGGUGACGAUGUGCUGACUGAAAGUUUUGCCAGAACGCUUGAACAGUAUUACGACAAAGCAGAUCGAAGGGAUCAAGCAAAGUGCUUGGAGUUAUUAGCAUCUUUAAAAACCGGCCAGGAAGUAAGGAGAGACGAUUUUCUAGUACGGAGACCUAAAACAGCAAUGCCUGAACUUGGUAUGUCUGACAAACAUUGCCUGACCAAGCCUUAUGAGACCACCUAUGCACGAGAGUAUGUACCACGACCCGAUCCAGAUGUCAGGGCAUUAAGGCCAAUGACGUCACAUGCAUUCUCAGGACCGCGCUCUGCGCCCCCUGUUGGCAGCAUCACUACCUACCAGGACGAGUUUUUUAGAAAGAAUCAGCGUCCGGCCACUCCGAUUCGUUCUGGCACUGCCUCCGGCGACAGGAACAACAAACCCCAUCCGCCUCAGUCCUUCAUUGUCUGGAAAUUACCCUCAAAGGGUCAGAGGUUCCAGCCGCCUUCGCCCUGGUCAGAAGAAGUGACCAACGAGAAGCUGAACCAGGUGACUAAGCGGCUUUGUCGCUCUGUCUAUCAAGACAGACUACUUGGUAUUCCCCAAGGGUACCAGAUGAAGAGCGCUUUCAAUCUGCCCCCUGACUGGAAGGAACGGGUACAGUACUCUGUGGACAGCUUCCAGCGCUCCACGUACCAAGUACCGCAGCAGCAGCCGGAGCACGCGGUACCCACCACCCGGUACGGCGCCAGCCAACGGAUGGCGUCCAAAGGCAUCGUUCCCUCUUCUAAUGCCACAUGCUUGGACAUCAGGAGUCGCACCACUUACGACCGCCACUAUAACGACAAUGCCGGCGCCGUGGCUGAUCAGAUUCGUGACACCAACAGACGUCUGGAACGAGAAGCUUUGAUGGCGAGCGUGGAGAGAGCCAGGAAUGAAGAGAAAGAAGUAGCGAGCAAGGCUGUGGAGGACCAGAUGACCAACACAUCUACACGCACCUAUACACCGCCUCCUUCGUACCUACGUCCUCCAGUGCCAACCCCCUAUCGAGCACGCGCUGUUGUGCCAGCGGCCACGCCCAUCACCAACUUCAGCCCUGCCCACCCUCUACUCGUGCCUUCGCCCCCACCCUCAACCAAUUGUGUGCCCCUGUUUCUCUCUUGAAAACUAAGACAACGGGGUCCCAUAUUAAUAAUAAUGUUUCUCCAGGAUCUGCCACUCAAGGAACUUUACAAUCCAUUUAAGAAAAGACUGUAAGAUGACAAGAGUUUACAGGUUGCUGCACCGCUUGCACAAAACUAGCGGCGAUUCCAGUAGGAACAGUCUCUGUAUUUUGUUGUUGCUACGCCUAAAACUUCAAAACAAGAGGGCACUUGGCUUGUUUCUCGCCUCGAAUAGAAGUGGAGCUUAAAAAGAGACAGGCUAUUCAUUUUAAAUAAACUUCAAUUUUUAAACUUCAAACGCAUAACAAGCAGACUGUGUGUGUUCCUCGAGCGUGUGGUCGUGUACUCUUAUAAUAAAUUCCAAAACCACUUGACCCUCCCCCAAGACCUCACCCACCCACCCCAAACUGUUUACAGAUUCUGUCAAAUGUCAGAAAUCAUCAUCAGUUCCACAGGGAAAGAAUCUGUGUAUCUGCUCAAGGGCUGGUGGGUGAGGGGAACGCCGCUUCAAGUAAGACUGCAAAACCCUGGGUGUCGUGCUUAGUGUCUCUGUGACAUUUCUUGUUAGCUACACUAGUCCUUAGACAUUCUGUAACAGUGUUUGAGGGAGGCACUAGUCUCUUUGCCUCCUGCAGAACCUGUUUUCAGAUGUGCUGUUAAGAUUUACAUUUUGUUGGAACUGUUGGAUGUACUCUGUUGACGAGAUUAUGUGAGGGAUAUUCAUUUUCAUUGUUUACAUGUGUUUGUUUUGCGUACACAAAGUAGCAUUUCCCUUCUAAAUGACACGACUAUACUGCUAAAAUGCUUUCAUCUGUUUUCAUGCUUUUAUCAAAGACUUUGGGAUCGAUAUUUUAUGUCUGUGAUGCUAAAGUAUCCAGACUUGCUGUACACAAAAAGUUGUGUUUAAGUAGAAAACUAUCUUUCUAUAUGAAUUUGCUUGUCUUUAAAUUUCUUGUGUUUUUAAAAGAGGUCGGCACAUUAAAUUCUUAUAUUGAAACUGUUUAAAAAAAUAAAUGCUAUGAAGGUGGAUACCUUCCUAGAGCAUAACGAUAAUUUUCGUAUGACAAACACUAUGAAGUGCAAUUGCAAGAGUGUUAGCACUUGCUGCUAAAUUUACAAAUUUUUAUAAAAAGUUCCAUGGACGAAAACUGUUUUCUUGUAAAUAUUGCAGCAAAGAAAAAA